UUUUUCUGUAACAAUUGCUGUAUUACACGCAGGCACACACAUACGCUUAUCUAUUACAUAUACUUUACAUACACGUACACGCAAAUCCUUUACCCAAACAUUGGUUCCAUACCAAUAAGGAGGAUAUUCAUUUGAUCUAUCUAGUAGAAGGCACAAUUACUUGACACAUUUCUUGUACAUUUAUCGCACUAUAUAAUCCUAUUAUACCACCAUACGCCCAACAAGUCCUGUAAUACACAUACACACAUAGGACUUUCUUAUUGUUUCCGAUUUUCUUCAUGUUUUGUCCACCGAACUUCAGUACUACUUUGGACCUUCAUACACCGCCUGUAUUAGUCGACCCGCGCAUUGCCAUUGCCGAUCCGUUUUUCAUGUCUCAUCCGUCGCUUCCUACCCGAAUCUGCUAUGCGUAGGCAAUCCUCGUCCUCAUCCACCAUCACAGCCGCAACUUGUUCGACCACCGCGUUCUUUAACCAUCCACCACCGCUACCACCAUCUAUUAUCGUAUCUUCUUCUCAUGCUGGCCUUAGUCAUAGCACUGCUGCUGCUGCUGAUGCUGCUGUUGAUGCCUCUAGCAGCUCUACUACAACCAUAAAUGCACUGCAGGAUAAACUAGACACGCUUUAUGACGAAUGGAUCUCGGUGGACAUUGUAUACCGAUCGUUGCAAACGGCAUUCCCAGUUCGCCCGCUCACUUACCUCACCCAUGAGGAACGAUUGGAAGACAUUGACCGAGAGUUGAGCAUUGCUUACGACGAUCUCAUGACUCAAGUCAGACGGCUUUACCGUAACCUGAACCGUCUGAGUCGCGAAAUGGCUCAGUACAACAAUAUUCAGCAACAGCAACAACAAGAAUUGUUACAACAACAGCAGCAACAAGGUCCGAAUGUUUAUGCAACAACACACUAUUAUCUUCCUCCUUCGGGUUUUGCGCCAACUCCGCCUUGAAACAGGCACAGCAAUGGAUAAUUCGACGGUCUUUAAUAUUCAAAUUCACUUUCCUUUCGUCCCCCAACUCCCCACCAUUACUACAUGUUUUUUUUUAAAAAAAACAACCCUUAUGUACCGAUACUCUUCCCUUUUCCUUUUUGUUUUGUUUUUCUAGAGAAAAAAAAAGUAUAGCUCCUGAUAUAUAUAUUAUAUAAUGAUGUUGAUAGCGCCAUAUAUGAAAACUAUUGUUCUUAUUUCUUUUUUACUCCACACUAUUUUCUUUCUUUCUGCCGUUCCAAGUACACCCGCAUGAAAAAAACACAAGAAACC